AUGACCCCCAUUCAGAGCCCAGCAUCAGCCCAGCCGGCGCUGGCAUCUCCGGCAUCUCCCCCAGAAUCUUCUACUCCAUCUUCCGACUCUUCUUCCUCUGCUCGCGUUCCUGUUCCUCCCUCCUCCGAUUCAGUAGCAAUGGCCAAGACAUACCCUCCUGUGCAGCCUGGAGGCAGUUUGAUCCUGGCAUGGCAGAUCAAGCACAAGAAGGUGCUUGUUGUUGGCGGUGGUGAGGUCGCUGCUGGUCGGAUCCUCAACUGCCUCAACGCCGACGCCAACGUCACUGUCGUGUGCCCCAAGUCCGGCCUCAACCCCGAAGUCGCCUUUCGAGUUAGCGAAGGUCAAGUCGCCCACGUCGAUCGAUUAUUCGAACCCGAAGACCUCGAUGGAGCUAGCAUGGUCCUCGUCGCCAUUGAUGAUCCCGCCGCCUCAACAGUCAUCUGGAAGUUGUGCAAGGAGCGAAGGGUUCCUGCCAACAUUGCCGACGUGCCCCCCGAAUGCGAUUUCUACUUUGGCAGCAUUCACCGCGAUGGGCCGUUACAGAUUAUGGUUAGCACCAACGGCAAGGGGCCGAGGUUAGCGGCAGCCAUUCGACAGUUCAUCGCCAAGCAAUUGCCCAAGAACGCUGGCAACGCUAUUGAGACUAUUGGCGAGCUGCGGCUCAGGUUAAGAAAGAUGGCCCCUAAACCUGAAGAUGGACCCAAGCGAAUGCUUUGGAUGUCGAAGGUUAGCGAUACCUACAAGUGGGACGAGAUGUGCGGCCUCACAGACGAAGAUAUGGAUAACCUCCUUCUUUUCUACCCUCCCAACAAAGUUCCCGCCAUGGAUGUCUUGGUGGCUCUCCGUGGAGGCGUCGACCUUAAGAAACUCGAUGUAUUCGAUGGUUCAUUCGGCUUCAGUGUCGGCGCGUAG